AAACUUUAUGGCACUUUAAUACACUGAUUCCUAUCAAAAUAUUAAUUCAGAACAAAAAUCGACAAUGAAUAAUGAUGUUGUCGUCUCAUCGGUAUUGCCACUUGAAGUGCAGAAUGUCAGUGAUUUUGGGUUCAUAGAUUUCAUGGACGAAACCAAUUUUGAGCAGUUGAUUGAGCUCAUCAGAGGUGAAUCUAUAGAGCCGGCUGCUCGGUUUUGUGCCAAUUUGGAUUGCGACCACGUCAUAGGUUGUCUGCCUGGUGAUGCAACUCAGUUCGAUUUUGCCCAGAAUGAUGAUGAUCUCUGUGACUUCAACAUUGCGAGCUUCUCGGAAUUGAAUUCUUUCCCUGAAGAGAUCAAUGCAGAAGAUGAAGGCAAGGAUGAUGAUGAAUCUUUGGGUACAACAACCACCAAUGACACGAGUACUCCAGGAAAAAAGAGGACUAAAAGGCCUGAUCGAUCAAGAACAUUGAUUUCGGAGCGAAAAAGGAGAGGCCGAAUGAAAGAAAAACUCUAUGCAUUGCGAGCCCUGGUUCCUAAUAUCACCAAGAUGGAUAAGGCCUCCAUUAUUGGGGAUGCAAUUCGUUAUGUACAAGACUUGCAGAUGAAAUCAAAUAAGCUCAAAGCUGAGGUAGCCAGUCUGGAGUCAUCUCUGAACCAAACUCAUCAAAACCACCUUCAAGAAAUUUCCUCGCAGGAAUCAAGAACAACAUCAUCUACAACUUCCAUCAAUCCUCCUCCAGCAAUCAAGAAGAUUUUCCAGAUGGAGGUAUUCAAGGUGGAAUCAAGAGAAUAUUAUGUAAGAUUAGUAUGCAACAAGAGACAGGGGAUUGCAGCAUUGCUUUAUAAGGCUCUUGAUUCUCUGGGCUUAUGCGUUCGCAGCUCCAACUUGGGAACCGCCGCUGAAAACUACUUCUUCACCUUCACUCUAACUAUUAAUGAAGUGGAGAUGGACAUUAACUUGGCAAACUUAAAGCUAUGGAUAGUUACCGCUUUUUGUGACCAAGGAUUUGAUUUUGUGACGCUGCCAUCGGCCUAAUGAUUAUCAAUCGGCAAAUAAAUAAUGAGUUUUCACAACUCUUUUUUUUUUCCCCCAUCCCACAUAGAUCAUAUUUCCCUAUGGAUCUUUUAAUUCUAACAUGAGCUUUUAGAAUUUAGAUACAUGUAUUUGCAUUGUUUUCUUAACGAAGUAUGAGGUAUUAUUGUCUCACAAAGUGCUGUC